AACGCCGAGCUCUUUAACCAGAGGGCCAAACGCAGACUGUUUAUUCUGCCGCAACUGGCUUUACUGUGGGACUCCUGCUCUGCCCCGAUCCGAACACUAUGCUCUAAGACCCAGCUAUUUAAUCUACUUUGUCGGAUUCCGAAAAGUGCGCUUUUUAAAAUCCAGUUCAAAUAUUUGGUUGCACGAUUGACACCCGAAGUAAUGCAAAUGUCACCAAUCGUGAUUAUUUCUCACAGUUAAAGGAAUAUCUAUAUCAAGGACCCUUUGGGAAAACGCUUCUCAUCUUUUAAGCGCCCCCUUCUGAUGAGUGUGGAGAACCCGGCAGUGUUCCGGCCCGUGGGCCGAGUGCUGGACAUGGAGCCACGGGCGACAGGAGGAGGAGGAGGAGGAGGAGGAGGAGGAGGAGGAGGAGGGAAACUGGCCCUGGGCUUCCAGAGGAGCUCCACAUCUGACGAUGACUCUGGCUGUGCACUGGAAGAAUACACCUGGGUACCGCCUGGGCUCCGGCCUGAACAGGUGCAGCUGUAUUUCUCCUGUCUGCCGGAGGAUAAGGUCCCCUAUGUCAACAGUCCGGGGGAGAAACACAGGAUUCGGCAGCUCCUCUACCAGCUUCCCCCCCACGACAACGAGAUUCGAUACUGCCAGUCGCUGGGUGAGGAGGAGAAGAGGGAGCUGCACAUGUUCAGCACUCAGAGGAAGAAGGAGGCGCUGGGCAGAGGCACCCCUAAAGUCCUGCCCCGGACCCUGCAGCACACCAUCUGCCAACACUGUGGAGAGGGCAUCGGUGGCGGUGAGAUGGCGGUGUUCGCCUCCAGGGCCGGUGUGGGCCCCUGCUGGCACCCGGCGUGUUUCGCGUGCUCCACGUGCCACGAGCUGCUGGUGGACCUCAUCUACUUCUACCACAACGGCAAGAUCCAGUGCGGACGGCAUCACGCCGAGCUCCUCAAACCACGCUGCUCCGCCUGCGAUGAGAUUAUCUUCGCAGACGAGUGCACGGAGGCGGAGGGCCGCCACUGGCACAUGAACCACUUCGCCUGCUUUGAGUGUGAGACGGUGCUGGGGGGGCAGCGCUACAUCAUGAAGGACGGAAGGCCCUUCUGCUGCUCCUGCUUCGAGUCGCUCUACGCCGAGUACUGCGAGGCCUGCGGAGAGAACAUCGGUGUGGACCACGCCCAGAUGACGUACGAGGGCAUCCACUGGCACGCCACGGACAAGUGCUUCUGCUGCGCCCACUGCAAGAGCUCCCUGCUGGGCUGCCCCUUCCUGCCCAAGGAGGGCCGCAUCUACUGCUCCAAGGCCUGCAGCCAGGGCGAGGACCUCCACCUGUCCGACUCCUCCGACUCCGCUUUCCAGUCGGCGCGCUCCAGAGAGUCCCGCCGCAGCGUGCGCGUGGGCAAGAGCAGUCGCCCCGGCGACCAGCACACCCGGGCCGCGGCUCAGACGCACUCUCCCGCGGGCGACUACCGGGUGGGCAGCAGCAGCGGCGGCGGCGGCGGCGCCGGCGUGGUUGGCGGGGGUGUGUGCGGGGCGCCCGCGAUGGAGGGAGUGUGUGAGAAGCUGGCCCAGCUGGAGUUUGGCGACGGGCACUUGUGGAUGGGCGAGCAGGAGCCCGGCGAGGAAGAGGAGCGAGAGGAGGACGAAGAGGAGUGGGCGCAGCACGAGGACUACAUGACGCAACUGCUCCUCAAGUUCGGCGAGAAGGGCAUCUUCGGACCCCCGGAGAACGGCGGCACCGCUGACCCGCGGGGACGACCCGGAAUCAGCGGCGAGCCGUGGAGGCUGAUGGACUCCUCAGACGCCCACUCCAAGCUAGAGAUGAAGACGGGCCCGGUCCAUCAGAACCAACACCAACACCAGAACCAGAACCUCCCUCUUCAGAGCCACGGGCUGGCCAGCAAGAAGCACCAGGCUGACAUGUACUGGGCCCAGUCUCAGGACGGGCUGGGAGACUCGGCCUACGGGAGCCACCCGGGCCCCGCGAGCGCCCGGAAGAUCCAGGAGCUGGAGCUGGACCAGGCCGGCGGCGGCGCCGGGUUCUGGAGCGCGCCCCGCCAGUGGUAUGAGGACUCGCUGGAGUGCAUCACGGACGAGCUGAGGAAGGCAGAGCAGAGCGUGGGAGACUCCAUGGACUCCCUGGCCCUGUCCAACAUCACAGGGGCGUCAGUGGAAGGGGAGAGCCAAGACAGGCAGCUGCUGUACUCCCUGCAGGCGCUGAAGGAGUCGGAGGCCGAGGACUGCGACAAGCUGAGCAACAUGGGCACGCUCAACUCCUCCAUGAUACACCGCAGCACCAACUCCCUCAAGAGCCUCGGCUCCGAGCUCGACCAGGUGGACGCCGCCCGUGAGGAGGAGGAGGAGGAGGAGGAGGAGGAGGAAGAGGAGGUGAUGGGGCUGGGGAUGGGAGGAGAGGCCCACUUGCCAGAGGAGAUGGCUUCGCCUGUGCACUUGCCGGUUCUUCGGAGAACUCGCUCGCAGUCGCGGCCCCAGCAGGUGAAGUUUUCCGACGACGUUCUGGAAGGCGGGUUGGCGUAUGGGGAGGCGGUGGUGCAGCGUCAGGCUCCCCAGAGCGAGCGACCCAGUCGCCGGGUCUACCGCGCGGACGAGCCGGACCGCCGCUCCGUCCAGCUGCGCCAGUCGCACUCUCACCACCGCAAGCGGCGUCACGGACGCAAAACCCGCUCGGACAACGCCCUGCACCUCGCCCAGCACGAGCGCGCUCCCGCCUCCACUCGCCUCCGCUACGACCACCAGGGGGCGCCGGCAGCGGUGGCGACGUCUUCGGCCGGCCAGCUCCGGCCUGACCCGAAACCCCGUCUCCACGGUCACCCUGGUCCACAGCGGCAGCUCUCGUACCCGCACACGACGUCCGACUACGCCCUGCAGCACGCGGCGCGCUCCGCGCACUUCCGCGGCCUCUACGGCGACGGCGACUACGCCUACGAGGACGAGGACUGGUGCUCCACGUGCUCGUCCUCCUCGUCCGAGUCCGAGGAGGAGGGCUUCUUCCUGGGCCAGCCCAUCCCCCGGCCGCGCCUGCAGAGGAUGCACUACUACGUGGACGACCUCCCGACCCCUGUGACGGCGAUGUCCACCGGACACCCCUACGACUCGCGGACUAAAGCCAAGAAGAGGGGUCACCGGGGGAAGAACUGCAUUAUCUCCUAAACACAAUCUCCUCUUGAUGUGUGUGUACUCUUCCGCAGAGACUGAUUGGACAGAUAUGGACAGAGGGAGGGGUGUGUGUGUGUGUGUGUGUGUGUGUGUGUGUGUUUGUGUAUCCGCUCAGAGUGCAAACUUUGGUUGUAAGGAAUUUUGAACACGUCAAGGUAUUUAGAGAGAGUUUUCAUGCGUUCCUUCAAGGCUUUAUUUCUGGUAGACUACUUUGGCUAGUGGACUGCCAGAAACAUUAACAGGAAAACAGGAAAAAUAAAUGUCAUCUCCAUUCGUACAAAGUUCCUACAUUAUUCUCCCGUUUUGACAAGACGUCAGGUAUCCUUAAAUAAUUGAGAGCAAUUGCUGACGAUGGCUUUAUGUGCCAAUAUAGCUUAUUUAACCAUGUGUAAAAAUACACGUCCUGUUUUAUUGAGAAGCACAUCAGUAAAGACAGAACUCAUGUCAGUUAAUAUUCAUGAAAUAAUAACACUCCACCACACACACCACAAAUCAAUGCUCUCUGUGACACACAAGGAAAAUAUGAGAAGUUAUUACUUCCUCUAAGGUCAAAGGUCACAACCCCAAUCCCAGGUCAUUUAGUCUCAUAGCAAGACUGGGAUCAUAUUUUAUUUUUCACCGAUUUGCCAACAGCAGCAUGUUUUAUGUAUUUCAUGUUUGUAUGAACCAUUCAAAGUAUUCAAGUCAUAAGCAAUAUUUUGUGCAUUGUAUAGCAACAUUGUUCCCAAUAAGAAAAGAAAGACGUUACAAUAGCACCUAGAGACUAAUUAAUAGAAUUUAUUUAAUAGAAUAAACAUUCAUGUAUAUUUGUUAAAUUAAAAGUUUAAUACUGAUAUUUUUUAUAUAUGAGUGUGUCCAAUAAUGCCUUUUUUAAUGUUUCUGAUGUGGAAUAUGAGGAGCGAAGCUGACGUGUUUCUUAUAAAGUGGCCAUCUAACCUCUACUCUCUAAACUUUGUCUGUAAACAUGUCAAAAACGGCUGUACAUAGCAAUCCCUGCUUCCUGGUUUCAGAGUACUGAAAGAAAAUAUGUCUGAUAUGGUUUAGUUUGCCCUACCCGUGUCACCCGAGUUAUUCUCUGAUAGUAACAUGCACGUGCCUUGGGUUUUAAAAACAAUUUUAAUAAUAAUAAUUAUAAUUAUAAUAUGUAACCAUGACAGCAUAAGGUGUGUAUACCACAGGUAACUAUAUUCAAUUUUUUUUUUGUUUUGUUCUCCAACUUACAUGUAAUGUAAAGAGAGCUUUAAUAAAUAUUGUGCUAAACUA